AUGUUUACCUUUACUCCUUUGCUUGGAGCGCAAUCAUCCGGUUCGAGAGCCGUCCAAUCGAUACUAGAGCUCGAUGGUGGAGUGAAGAUACUGGUGGAUGUUGGGUGGGAUGAGAGUUUUGAUGUAUCCGCUCUUGCGGAACUAGAAAGGCAAAUCCCUACGUUGUCGCUCGUUUUGUUAACCCACGCAACGCCCUCUCACAUUGGUGCAUUUGCGCAUUGCUGCAAAACUUUUCCUUUAUUUAAUCAGAUUCCCAUUUACGCAACCAGUCCAGUCAUUGCCCUAGGCCGCACACUUCUUCAAGACCUUUAUUCUUCCGCACCCCUUGCUGCCACCUUUUUGCCGAAAGCUACAUCGGCGGAUUCCUCUCCAUCGUCGCCAAUAUCCAGUAGAGCUGAAAAUGUAGCAGAUACUGCAAAUAUAGACCAUAACGACUCCCCUAGAAUACUUUUGCCUCCACCCACGACCGAAGAGAUUGCCCGUUAUUUCUCACUAAUCCACCCCCUGAAAUAUUCUCAGCCGCACCAACCUUUACCAUCCCCGUUUUCUCCCCCACUCAACGGCCUGACCCUCACAGCGUAUAACGCUGGUCAUACUGUUGGAGGUACCAUAUGGCAUAUUCAACAUGGUAUGGAAUCUAUUAUCUAUGCGGUCGAUUGGAACCAAGCAAGAGAGAACGUCAUUGCUGGUGCGGCCUGGUUUGGAGGAUCGGGCGCAAGUGGGACAGAAGUAGUUGAGCAGCUGAGGAAGCCGACUGCGUUUGUCUGCAGCACAAGGGGCGGGGAUAAGUUUUCCCUUUUAGGUGGGAGGAAAAAAAGGGAUGAUCUACUCAUGGAUAUGAUUCGGAACUGCUUCUCCAAGGGUGGGACGGUUCUUAUACCCACCGAUACAAGUGCUCGAGCCCUUGAGUUGGCAUAUGUUUUGGAACACGCGUGGCGAGAAUCAGCAGAGACUGCGGACGGAGAGGAUCCAUUGAAAAGCGGAGAACUUUACCUGGCUGGCAAAAAGGGUUAUGGGACAAUGCGGCUCGCUCGAAGUAUGCUUGAAUGGAUGGACGAGGGAAUUGUCCGUGAAUUCGAAGCCGGCCAUGGAGGCGAUCCUGUCGCUGCCGGUGGUAAAGGCCGUCAGGACGGCCCAAAUCAACGAACUCCGUCAGCAGCCAUGACAGACAAAAGAGGCGAUAGCUCAUUCAAAAACCUCGGUCCCUUCACAUUCAAACACCUUAAAAUUGUGGAACGCAAGGCCAAACUAGAGAAGAUACUAGGAUCAAAUACGCCUAAAGUAAUUUUAACGUCUGACACAUCACUAGAUUGGGGAUAUUCCAAGCAUGUUCUGCAGAAAAUAGCUUCAGGAUCUGAGAAUCUUGUUAUCUUGACUGAAUCAUUCUCGGUAUCUCCUAAUAAGCAGAUGGUGGAUAACUUUCGUUUUAGACCCUCUCUAGCUCAUGAAAUAUGGACAAUUUAUGAGGAGCGAAAGGAUGGGGUUUCUUCAGAAACGACUGUUAACGGGGAGCUUCUGGAGCAAGUGCACAGUGGUGGGAGGCUGCUCACUGUCACUGAUGUUGAAAAGACUCCUCUGGAUGCCAAUGAUCUGCUCGUGUAUCAGCAGUACCUUGCAACAAGGAGGCAAUUACAGAAUACUGCUCAGGGAAGGGGAGACUCUGGAUUAGAAACCACGGCUGAUGCACUUGAUGAUGGGUCCAGCUCGUCCUCAUCAGAGGACUCAGAUUCAGAACAGCAAGGAAAAGUGCUUAACUUUUCAGUUUCCCUCGCUCAUUCCAAUAAGAAUAAGCUAGGUUUAAGCGAUGCCGACCUGGGGGUGAAUAUUCUCUUACGACGGAAAAAUGUUCAUGAUUACGAUGUCCGUGGUAAAAAGGGCAGAGAACGGAUGUUUCCUUACGUUGCUUCAAGAAAACGUGGAGACGAAUACGGCGAGUUUAUACGACCAGAAGAGUACCUUAGAGCCGAGGAACGUGAAGAAGCCGAAAUACAAACAAAACGUGGGCCGGAUGGACGUAUUCAAACGAUGCCCGGUCAGAAGCGAAGAUGGGGUGAUGUUAGCGCUAACGGAAAACAACCAGCAAUCGUUCCAAAUAAACGGCAGCACAUAUCACCUGGCUCUCGGGAUUUACAUGAUGCUAGCGGAAAUUUGGUUAUUCCUGAUGGAAUCGGCGCCAACGGCACUGAAGAUGCUAGUGCGUCUGAGGAAGAAGUUGAAGAACAGCACAUCGAGGGGCCCUCGAAGGUUACAUUUACUUAUUCUACAUUGGAACUGAAUGCCCGAAUUGCCUUCGUAGAUUUCUCUGGAUUGCAUGACAAGCGUAGCUUGGAGAUGCUCAUUCCACUUAUACAACCCAGGAAAUUGAUUUUGACCGCGGGUCUCAAGGAAGAAACAGAGGCUCUUGCCGCUGAAUGUCGGAAUCUAUUAACAGCGAAGGCUGGUUUAGAGCUGGGGUCAUCCAGUCAGUCCGUUGUGGACAUCUUCACACCGGUGAUUGGUGAAACAGUGGACGCCAGUGUGGACACGAAUGCGUGGAUGGUCAAACUAAGCAGCGUUGUCGCUCUCACGGGAGAAUUACGGGGACCAGAACCGAUGGUUGCUGACGAAGAUGGGCCGGGAAUGUCUCAAAAGAAACAGAGGAUGUUCUCGGAGAAUGCUUCUAGCUCUGAGGGGAUUGAGCAAAAGCAGCUUGUGCCUAGAAAACACUCUUUCCCUCUUCUAGAUGUUCUACCGGUCAAUAUGGCUGCGGCAACAAGAUCCGUCACUCGACCGCUUCACGUUGGAGACCUUAGGCUAGCUGAUCUUCGCAAACUUAUGCAAUCCUCAGGCCACACUGCGGAAUUUCGUGGUGAAGGCACUCUUUUGAUUGAUGGGUUCGUCGCCGUCCGGAAGUCUGGGACAGGAAAAAUUGAAAUUGAAGGCGCCGCUCAAUCUGCGCUGUCGAACCGUUCAGCCUUGAAGCGCGAUGAAGGGAGCUUUCUAGCAGUGAAGAGGAAAAUUUAUGAAGGUCUGGCAAUUGUUGCUGGCGGAUAAUUUAUUUGUCAUUUCCCCUGUCAUUCCACCAACAACGUUUCCCGGGGAUUCCACUUUUUAAAAUUUUCUUGUUGCAUUGUUCCUGAUCUCGUGUGUUUGGUUGAUAUCCAAAUAAAAUUCUCACGAAAUCUAAAGAUCUUUGGCAUUGAAUUUAUUUAACAAAGUGUUUUAUUAUCUGCUGUUUUGUUGUUAUUGACUUUCUCAUUCACAGAACAAACAGGGGUUUGCACUGCUCACAAAGAGAUUUCUUUCUUGUGUCAAGCUUUACCAUUUUCACUUUUUGAUACAAGUCAAUUUGUGAGGAUAAAGAAGAUGUCUUUGCACGAUGUUUUGAUACGUGUGUGGGUGAAGCUGCCCACCGGUCAAAUAUUUGUAUUAUCACCUUUUACAUUGGUUGUGAAGUUCUGGGUGUGUUUGCAAGAGCUCAGGCAUGAUUUUCAUGCAGACUAUAAAUAUCCAUACGCUCCCUUUUGCCUGCCCCAUUUUUCUUACUUCCUCCUUGAGGUCAAGAAGAGUCGGUUCUAUAUCCAUAUAUAUAUAACACAUAGGCACGCUUCAUCUAUGCAUUGACAUCAAUAUAGGUUGGUUCCCUAGUG